AUGAGUGUCUCCCUGCUCAGCCACACCCGAUCCCUGGGCAUUUUUUCUGGGCUCCUGCAAGUGGCCUUCCUGCUAGGCCUGGUGUUGCUGCUGCUCAAGGCUGUCCAGCUCUACCUGCGCCGCCAGUGGCUGCUCAAGGCUGUCCAAGAGUUCCCAUCACCUCCCUCCCACUGGCUCUUUGGGCACUACAAGGAGUUCCAAGAGAAUAAUGAACUGCAAGUGAUACUAAAAUGGAUGGAGAAAUACCCAAGUGUUUGUUAUCGCUGGCUAUGGGGAACAAAGCCCCAACUUUUGAUCUACAACCCUGACUACAUGAAGGUGAUACUUGGGAGAUCAGACCCCAAAGAUGUCAGUAUCUACCACUUACUGAGUUCCUGGAUUGGGUAUGGUUUGCUCCUGUUGAAUGGACAGCCCUGGUUCCAGCACCGGCGCAUGCUGACCCCAGCUUUCCACUAUGACAUCCUCAAGCCCUAUGUGGGGCUCACAGCUGAUUCUGUGCGAGUGAUGCUGGACAAAUGGGCAGAGCUCAGCAGGCACAGUGCCCCCGUGGAAGUCUUUGGGCACAUCUCCUUGAUGACACUGGAAACUAUCAUGAAGUGCGCCUUCAAUCACCCCAGCAGCCUGCAGACUGACAGGUCAUCCCAGUCCUACACACAGGCCAUCGAGGACCUAAAGAACCUCUUCAAUUCUCGGAAGUGGAACUUUUUCCACCAUAAUGACUUCAUCUACAGACUGAGCUCCAUGGGUCGCAGCUUUUUCAAGGCCUGUGAACUUGCCCAUGAACACACAGACCGUGUGAUCCAGCAGAGGAAGUUACGCCUGCAUGAUGAGGGUGAGUUGGAAAAGAUCAGGAAGAAGAGGCACCUGGAUUUCCUGGACAUCCUGCUCUUUGCCAGGUCAGAGGACGGGAGCAGCCUGUCUGACAAGGACCUGCGGGCGGAGGUGGACACGUUCAUGUUCGCGGGUAACGACACCACAGCCAGCGGCAUCUCCUGGAUCCUCUAUGCACUGGCCACACACCCCGAGCACCAGCAGCAGUGCCGGGAGGAGCUCCAGAGCCUGCUGGGAGAUGGCGCCUCCAUCACCUGGGACCACAUGGACAAGAUGCCCUACACCACCAUGUGCAUCAAGGAGGCGCUGCGUCUCUACCCGCCUGUGCCUGGUGUGGCCAGACAGCUCAGCUCACCUGUCACCUUCCCUGAUGGGCGCUCCCUACCCAAAGGAAUCUCAGUGGCCCUGUCCAUUUAUGGCCUUCACCACAACCCAAAUGUGUGGCCCAACCCAGAGGUGUUUGACCCUUCCCGGUUUGAACCAGGUGCUGUUCGGCACAGCCACGCAUUCCUGCCCUUCUCAGGGGGCUCCAGGAACUGCAUCGGGAAGCAAUUUGCCAUGAAUGAGAUGAAGGUGGCUGUGGCGCUGACCCUGCUCCGCUUUGAGCUGGCUCCUGACCCCUCCAGGGUUCCUAUUCCCAGUCCUAAAAUUGUGCUGAAUUCGAAGAAUGGAAUCCACCUCUACCUCAAGAAACUCCCUUAA